CCAUCAUGACACAAAACACACCAACAGCUCCCACUCUCACAGUGUUGGAUCCAGCAAAAGGCCAUGAUUUCCAGACACCGAAGAAGUGCAUCAACGACGGCGACGAUGUCACGUCUUUCCUGGCAUCAAAAGCCUACGCCGACAUCAUGACUUUCAUAUUCCAGCUGAAUACAUCUAUAAUACCCAGGAAACACAAAGACCAAGAGCGAGGGACAGAAUCCGUCAAAGAGUGGACACUGCAAGACCCAGAAGUCCCGCACCCACCCGUCGUCCAAAACCUCGCCAAGCUGCUCGACGCAUUGACAUCCAUCAUCGAUGAAGCACCGCCAGACACAGGACCCCGUCGUUUCGGCAACGUGAGCUUCAGAAAGUGGUACGAUAUCGUACGAGAACGGGCUUCGGACCUGCUUGAUCGGUAUUUGCCAGCUGAGGUUCUGGCGUACAAAUCCACGUCCGAAGUAUCAGCAAAAAGCGAGCUGGAAGCGUACUUUAUCGGCAGUUUCGGCAGCUCCCAACGCCUCGACUACGGCACUGGACAUGAACUCAGUUUCAUCGCUUUCCUCGGGUGUUUGUGGAAACUCGGCGCCUUCCCUGCAUCACGGGAUGGAGAUCAGGAGCGUGGCAUCGUCCUUGGUGUUAUCGAGCCGUACCUCGUUCUCAUUCGCCGUCUGAUUCUCACAUACACACUUGAACCAGCCGGUUCGCAUGGUGUAUGGGGCCUGGACGACCAUACCUUUGUGUCGUACAUCUUCGGCAGCGCGCAGUUCUCUCCACCCAUAUCGACACCAGCAGAUGUUGCAACAGAGGGCUCGCUCGCCAACGCACCGAAUCCAGCAGAUGUGGCCAAACUUGCUGCCGUUCAGAGGGAAAGAGGAAGAAACAUGUACUUCAGCGCCAUCGGCUUCAUCUACGACGUCAAGAAAGGACCGUUCUGGGAGCACAGUCCUAUUCUCUACGAUGUCUCUGGCGUGAAAGCUGGGUGGGCGAAGAUCAAUAAGGGCAUGAUAAAAAUGUACAACGCCGAAGUCCUCUCCAAAUUCCCCGUAGUCCAACACUUCCCCUUCGGGUCACUUUUCUCCUGGACGGCAGACCCCAACGCGCCCAAGAUACAGGCAAGCGUUCACACUUCCUCGCAGCCGAAAUCCGUUAUGCCGAGUAGCUCCGCACCGACGGUACGGCAGACAGGACCUCAAUCAGCGCUGCGAGACCCGCUGGCAGAGCCAACUCGAGUGGGUGCGCCUCAACCGCCACUUCGCGAUCCGCUAGCCGCUGGAGGUGGUAUGCCGAUGACGGCCGCGCCGUGGGCAAAAGCUGCUGGACCGAACGUGCCUGCAGGCCCUAACCAACCGACAAGAGCACCCUGGGCAUCGAGUACAAGAGCGCCGCCGGCUCCACCGGGUGCGAGUACGGCGAGGCUGUUACCUCCUGAUGCGGGAACUGCUGCGCCGUGGGCACGAGGGCCAGGAGGAACAGGAGCGCCGGGUGUGCCUGAUGGACAGCCGGGUACGAGAGCACCAUGGGCGGAUAAGAAAGCUUAGAUGUGAAUAAAGUGCCCGUGGAUGUCUGCAUCGCUGUGACAUGAUAGGGUACGACUUCAACUGUUCAUUCUCACCGGUAUCACUAUCUACGCAGUACAGAGGGUGGACGAACAUCAACGGGCUAGUCUCCAUCAGGUCCAUAGUUGAAUCAGCGAUGCGUCCACACCAAGCCGUUCCUUU